CGUCUCGCCGCUCGUGUCGUUCCGCCACCCGGUGGCCGCGCUCCCGCCUCCAGCCCCAGCUGCCGCAGCCCUGCGUCCCCGGCCCGCUCCGAUUCUGUCUCUCUCUGCCUGUGCCCUCUCGUCCCAGCGCUGAGCUGCGCUUUCCCCCCCGGUCGCCUCCGCAGCCUAUGGCCCUGGAAGGCGCCGCUGUCGCCGCCUGUAUUUCUGCUGUAGGUUCCCACAUCCCUCUUUAAAAAUUCCGCCUAAAAAGAGAAGACGAUUUACCAAAUCUUUCGGGCCGUUAUCUCACGGCAAAAUCUCUGAUCAAGUUUACAACUAUCCAGAGGGCUUAGGAGAAGUGCUUUAUAGAGAACAGUUCGACUUCAACGCUGAGCCACCUUGGGAACCUAGCUGAUGAUAGUAGGGUUCCAUCUCCUAACUUGUCCAUUUUGUUGCAUAAUUUAAGGACCCGGAUAUAAGGCUUGGAAGCCCAUCCCUUGUGUUUCUUGGUUUAUGACUGUCGGCUUUGUGGAAUACGGCUGAGAUGAAAGGAUUUCUUGAGGAUGCAAAUUACUCCAUUGGCCUGUUGGAUGAAGGAGCAACUCUUGCAGAUGUUAUUGACAACUGUAUUUAUGAACAUACCCAUCAAAUAAAUAGGUAAACUACUGGCAACAUGUCAUGUCUCCAACCACUGACUGGCUCACAGAGGAUAGCUGCCUCCUGCUGCUUUCAUUUACUCCUUUAGCUCAAGGGGUAGAGGCCUGUGCCAUGGAUCUAAAGCUCCAGAUCCCAUUCCUGCUGGUGACCCGUACAGGGGACUGGAAAAAGAGCAUUUUAUGUUGGUGAUCUUGGAAAGCUUGUGAAGAAGAAUAUACAAUGGCAGAAUGUGAUGGCACCAAUAAAGCCAUUUUAUCCUGUAAGAUGCAAUUCUACUCCAGGUGUGCUUGAAAUUUUGGGAACCCUUGGUGUUGGAUUUGCAUGUUUCAGUAAAUCUGAAAUGGCAUUGGUACAAGACCUGGGCAUUUCUCCUGAAAACAUUAUAUAUACAAAUCCUUGCAAGCAAGCUUCUCAGAUAAAGUAUGCAGCGAAAGCUGGGAUAAACAUCAUGACUUGUGACAAUGAUACUGAGCUGAAGAAAAUUGCACGUAACCAUCCAAAUGCUAAGCUCUUACUGCACAUUGCCACAGAAGACAUUACUGCUGAUGAGGAGGUGAAUAUGAAGUUGGGCACCACCCUGAAGAACUGUAGGCACCUCAUGGAAUGUGCUAAGGAGUUGGGAGUCCAAAUAGUUGGUGUGAAAUUUGAUGUUUCAGGCUCUUGCAAGGAACUGCAAACGUAUAUUCAUGCUAUAUCUGAUGCUCGGUGUGUGUUUGACAUGGCUGAAGAAUUUGGCUUUAAGAUGAACAUGUUGGAUAUUGGUGGAGGCUUCACAGGUUCAGAACUUCAGCUGGAAGAGGUUAAUCAUGUCAUCAGGCCAUUGCUGGAUGUCUACUUUCCUAAGGAAUCUGGUGUUAACGUGAUUGCAGAGCCUGGAUGUUACUAUGUUUCAUCUGCAUUUACACUAGCAGUCAACAUCAUUGCAAAGAAGACUGUUGAGUGUGAUAAACUUCUUCCUUCUGGAGUGGAGCAAACUGGGAAUGAUGAUGAGCCAAUAUUUACGUAUUACAUAAAUGAUGGUGUUUAUGGUUCAUUUGCAAGUAAAUUGUCUGAGAAAUUGAAUACUAUCCCAGAGGUUCACAAGAAAUACAAGGAAGAUGAGCCUCUGUUUGCAAGCAGCCUUUGGGGUCCAUCCUGUGAUGAGCUUGAUCAAAUUGUGGAAAACUGUCUUCUUCCUGAGUUGAGCGUUGGAGAUUGGCUGCUCUUUGAUAAUAUGGGUUCUGGUACCUUGGGUGAACAGUCUACCUUUAACGACUAUCAGAGGCCACUGAUUUACUACAUGAUGUCUUUCAGUGACUGGGAUGAGAUGCAAGAUGCUGGAAUUGCUUCAGACACAUUGAUGAAGAACUUCUUCUUUGUGCCUUCUUGCAUUCAGCUGAGCCCAGAAGACCGCUUUUCCACUGCAGCUUAAACAGGCAUUAACGCUUCAUUUAGACCUGCAGUUGCAAGUCUGUAGUUUGUCUGGUCAACAUUCCAGUGUGGAAGAAAUGGAACAAUCUUGAAUUCAAUUCAUUCUUUUCAAAACUUGAAAAAAUAAUAAUACCUAAUGGGGACCAGGCAAAACAAGCUACAGCUACAAUUCACUGGGAGGUGGGAGGGUUAGAUGAUGGCAUCCAAAUUUAAAAUCAAGUUCAUUCAACCCCUGAGCGUUUAAAUAUGCAACAAAAUGGAUGACUUAGUGGAGAUGGAAACCCAUCACUUGGGUUCUUCAACAGUUUACAUACAAGUACACAGUUUUUAUACUAAGGAUUCCUGUUAGAAAAGUCUUGUAAAGUUAUUGUCUUUCGCCCAGAUAUAUCAAAUGUCAGUGGGAGACCAGUGUGACUUCAUUAGAUGUUUAGUGUAUUUAGAAUGUGUAAAUUUGUGCUUUGAACUGUAGUUUAAUAAAUGUAAAAUUGCAUCAUAGUAUUUGUUGUAUUUGACCCUUGAUGUAUCCCUUGUAUGAUUGCAAUAAACCUUUGUGUAGAAUUUA